AUGUCCACCGGGUUCGGAUUCCAGGGAGCGGGGCGGUGCUACCCCAUCUGGCGAGACUUCGCCCUCUGCAAGAACGGAUCGGCCAACCCCGGCGAGUGCACUCCUUUCUUCCAGGAUUACAUUACUUGCACCUACGGCUGGGCCGAUCCCGAGAAUGUUGAGCUGUUCAAGCGCCAAGUUGCGCUCUCGGAGGAGCAGGAGAAGUGGCAGAAGCAAUACGGCAAGAAGAUGGCGGCGCACGUGCGAACGUUCGAAACCGAGGCCGCGUACGAGGAGUGGAAGGAGAGCCUCGGCGCCAAAGUUGUCGAGACCCCCGCCACCAUGGACGAGCUCAACGCCUUCACCAAGGAGAAGCUCAACCCCCAGUGA